AUGGAAGAGGAUAGAAAUGAGACUUUUGUGGUCAUGUUUGUUCUCCUGGGACUCUCAGACAAAAAAGAGGUGCAGCUUAUGCUCUUUCCAAUCUUCCUAGUGAUCUACCUUGUGACUCUCAUCUGGAACCUGGGUCUCAUCAUCCUUAUCAGGAUGGACUCCCAACUGCACACACCUAUGUACUUUUUCCUCAGUUUCCUGUCAUUUAUAGACAUGUGCUAUUCUUCUUCUGCCACCCCAAGGAUGCUUUCAGACUUCCUAAAAGAGGAAAAAGUGAUUUCAUUCAUUACCUGUGCCACUCAGUACUUUGUUGGGUCUUGGAUGGCUCAUGCUGAGUGCUGCCUGUUGGCCACCAUGGCCUAUGACAGAUAUGUUGCUAUUGGUAGGCCUCUGCAGUACUCAGCCGUUAUGUCUCCCAGCCUCUGUCAGAAGAUGGUUGCUUGGACCUAUGGGACUGGAUUCCUUGGUAGCAUAAUUCAAACGGUCUCUUGCUUUCAUCUGUACUACUGUGGGCCCAAUACCAUUCCAAAUUUCUUCUGUGACAUAACCCAUAUCAUUUCCCUGUCUUGUUCCAAUCCCUUCAUCAGCCAAAUGAUUCUUUUUAUGGAAUCUAUUUUUGUUGGGUUUAGUUCUUUCCUUGUUAUCCUCUUAUCCUAUGCUUUCAUUGCAGCUUCCAUCCUGAAAAUAUCCUCAGUCAAAGGUAGUGCCAAGGCCUUCAAUACCUGUGCCUCCCAUCUGGCAGUUGUCACGAUAUUCUAUGGCACAGGCUUCUCUGUGUAUCUGCAUCGUAGCUCUAGCCACAAUGAGAAGCAGGACAAGGUGCUGUCAGUGUUCUACGUUGUCCUCAUCCCCAUGUUAAACCCUCUUAUCUAUAGUCUGAGGAACAAGGAGAUCAAAGAGGCCCUCAAGAGGGUGAUAAAGAGGGCAACACAUUUGCCCCAUUAA